AUGCUGGCUGGUGGCUCCUCUGCAGAAACUGCCAGUGCUCCAGGGCCAGCUGAGGUGGUGUCAGUGGAGCAGAGGGGGACAGCAGACACCUCCACCAGCCGUGGGAGCUCCGCGACGGACACGGUCUAUGUACGUUCUUCCAAGAGACCCACUUCUUCUUUCCAAAACGAUCUCACAAGCUUUUCAAGCAGCCAUCAGCCAGCCAGUGGCAUUGAUGCUGAGAAAAGGACCUCAGUUUCUCAUACAGAUGGCACAUACAUUUCAACCACAUAUACCAGAGGAGGAGAAAGGACACUCCUGUCCAUCUCAAAUAGCAGCACCUCUGCCGACUCCUCAGAAAGUUCCACCUUUUUUUCUGAAAUUUCCAACCCUUCUGAUUCAUUGAAAUCUUCUGUGGCACAGGACAGAAGGAGCAACGUAUCCACUGAUGGCAGUUUUGUUGAACCAUCUACAGAGCCAUUGCUGGUACAGUCUUCCAAACUGUUGACUUCUGCUUCUGCAGGCAAUGUGCCAAAUACAACUCUCAUCAACACAGACUCUGAGUUGUUGACCACUGGCAGAUCAUCUCUAUCUUCAUCAGCAUUUCCAGCCUCUUCCUCAGCAUCAUCACUGCCUCACUCUCUGUCAUCAACACCACCAACAACUUAUUUGUUUACAUCAUCAGAGUCAUCUAAGCCACUCUCAUCCUCUGUGAUGGCAUCUUCUCCCCCUCUGCAGGCUUUGUCAUCCUCCUUGCCCACUUCCUCAUUGCUCUCCUCGUCUUAUUCAUUAGCAUCUUUAUUGCCUCUGUUUUCAUCACCAUCAUCCAUCUCACAGUCCAAUGACAGUGAUCAAACAAGCACCUCUGUAGCUACAACUGUGGUCAGACGGGUGCCUUCCACAGCUGCCGUGGCCAGGAGCUCACCCAAAGGGACCAACAAGCAUAAUGUCACACACCAGCCCCAGAACAGCACCAUCUUCACCUCCACUGGGUCUCCACGCCCCACAGCACCCAUGGAGCAGCUUGGUGGACGCAUCGUGUCCAUGUCCACUCCUGUGGUGGUGACAGAGACUGUGUCACCAAGUGCCACCACCGCCCAGCGGGGCAGCUUCGGGAAGGCGACGCUGCUGCCCACCCCAGCUGGGGAUGCCCCACAGGCUCAGCCAACAGAUGCACCCCUGAGUCCCUCACCCAGUGCAACAAACCACAGUGUCAUUGUCCCUGCAGUGGCACUGACCACGGUGAAGCCUCCUGUGCUGACAACACCAGCCAGUCACCAGCCAACCCCAGGUGAUGCCAGCACCACAAAAGCCCACAGAGCUCAAACACCUGCUGCCACUAAGCAUGCAUAUACCACUGCUAAAAGCACAGCAGCUGUGGAUCCUACCACUGCAAGGCCUGGUAAAGUCACUGAAGAAAACAUCCCUGUUACAAGUCCUUCUGAAGCCCCUCCAGUCAGUAAGACCACAGUGAGCAUUGCAACUACUUUGGCUGCCACCAAAACAACCACUGUUCCUCUGUCAAGUAGCACAACUGGGUUGAGGACAUCAUCUCCAGCAACAGAAGUGGAUAAAUGUCUUUCCAACCCUUGUCCUGCGCUGGCCACCUGCAACAACACCCAUGACUCCUACAUCUGUCAAUGUCCUCUUGGAUAUGAGCUGGAAAAAGGAAAGUGCAAUUUGAGAAUAUUUAUUGGCCAGGUCCCCCUGAAACUUAAUAUUACCCAUGGGAAGUACACAGAGCUCCUCCAUGUUGAAGGUGAAAUCCUGGCGAUGCUCAACGCGUCGCUGUCAGGCUUGCCAGGGUACCACCACUCCACAGUUAAGGCAACCAGGGAGGCAAAUUUUGUGCAUGUUUCAGUGCAAUCCACGUUCUCUUUAGCAUCCAACGUGACUUUCUACGAUGUUGUGGGCAGCGUGAAAAGCUACAUUCGAGGUUGUAAGUCCCCCACUGAAACCUGCCAGUUCAUCUCCAGCCUGAAACCACUCCACAGAGUUGGCAGCUUGUGCAAGCAGAAAGACCCCGAAUGUGACAAGGAAACAUCUGAAUGCACCGACUUUGAUGGCAUUGCACUCUGCCAGUGUAAAAGUGGGUACUUCAAGUACAACAAGAUGGACCACUCUUGCAGAGCUUGUGAAGAUGGAUAUAAGCUGGAAAACGAGACCUGUGUGAGCUGCCCAUUUGGGUUAGGUGGAUUCAACUGUGGAAACCCGUAUCAGCUCAUCACUGUGGUGAUCGCAGCCGCAGGAGGGGGACUUCUGCUUAUCAUGGGCAUUGCACUGAUUGUCACCUGCUGCCGGAAGAAUAAAAAUGACAUAAGUAAACUCAUUUUCAAGAGUGGAGAUUUCCAGAUGUCACCGUAUGCUGAAUAUCCAAAGAACCCCCGAGCACAGGAGUGGGGCAGAGAGACCAUCGAGAUGCAGGAGAAUGGAAGCACCAAGAACCUGUUGCAGAUGACAGAUGUGUAUUAUUCGCCAACGGGACUGAGAAAUCCUGAACUGGAAAGAAAUGGACUUUAUCCUCCCUACACUGGUUUGCCUGGAUCUCGACAUUCAUGCAUCUACCCCGGACAAUACAAUCCAUCCUUCAUUAGUGACGAAACCAGAAGAAGAGACUAUUUUUAG